AGAAUUCAAAAUUCUUGCAUAUCGCAACCGACGUAAAUGACUUUCUCUUCUGCUGCCUCCCCUCUUUAUUAAAGAUUGCGGAUACAAACAGACGCUCAGUUACCUUUCUUCCUUGCUUAUUGAAUCUUGAAUUAUCGAUUCUAUGUUUAUAUCUUUCUUUCUACUGCUGCUUCCACUCUCUUUCCUUCUCCUAGCUCCACCUAAGAAUUAAGAUAUUGUUUUCUUUCUCUUUCUUUUUCUCUAUAUAUUCAAUCCCUUCCUUCACUCGUUUUUCUCAUUCGCUUGACCUUCUCCAGACUACUUCUACAUACUCACCUUUUCUUGAUUCUUGAUUUCUCGAUUUCUUGAAUUGCCUGUUCCUUUUUCUCUUUUUUUUAAUGGACUCAUCUACUUGGGUUAGCACCUCUCUUGAUCUCAACAUCAAUCCUUUCAAGCAUAUCGAUGCAAUUCCGAAGAGGGAAUCGGAAGCAGAAGUAGUAGAUUUUACUGGGUUUGAAAGGAAAGUGCCUGCGGUUAAAGAAGAGACCAGCGUUUUGAUUGAGGAGUUGAACAGGAUUAAUGCUGAGAACAAGAAGCUAACAGCAAUGUUAACUGUUUUAUGUGAAAAUUACAAUGCUUUGGAAAAGCAUUUGGCUGAUUUAAUGAGCAAAAACUCUGAUAAGAAAGAUGUUGGAAUAACUUCAAGAAAAAGAAAAGCUGAGAGUGAGGAUUAUAGUAAUAUGAUUGCAAGAACUAAUAAUGGAACUACAGAAAGCAGUUCUAGUGAUGAAUUAGACUCCACUACUUAUAAAAACCAAAAAGAAAGCAUCAGAACUAGCACUUCAAAGUUUUAUCUUCGGACCGAUCCAUCUGAUGCAAGCCUAGUCGUGAAAGAUGGAUAUCAAUGGAGGAAAUAUGGUCAAAAGGUUACAAGAGAUAACCCUUGUCCUAGGGCUUAUUUUAAGUGCUCAUUUGCCCCAAGCUGUCCUGUGAAGAAGAAGGUCCAAAGAAGUGCAGAAGAUCCUUCUGUUUUAGUAGCAACUUAUGAAGGAGAGCACAACCAUAUGCAACUAUCACAACAACCAGCUGAUCAUUUAUCUAAUUUAGGGUCAAGUUUAAGAACUCAAGUUCCUGCUAUUACUGAUCCUACCAGAGUUGCUUCAGGUCCUAAUACUGUAACUCUUGACUUGAUCCGAAGUACUGGAAAAUUGAAAGAUGAUGACAUUAGUGCUAAAAGAGAUCAUGUCCAAGCAAUUAGCAGUGAAAAUCCAGCAAUUCAACAAGUUUUGGCGCAACAAAUGGCUUCUUCUUUGACAAGAGAUCCAAAUUUCACAUCUGCACUUGCUGCUGCUAUUUGCGGAAGAUUUAACGAGACCCGGAUCCAGAAAUGGUGAAUAUAACAUUAUUAUUAUCAGGAAUUCAGAAUUUUAUAUAUAAAUCUAUAUAUAUUUGUAAUUUAAUUUAGACAAUAUAUAUCUAGAAUUAGUGAUAUAUGUAUAUAUAGAAUUUAGAGAUUAUAAGGUAAUUAAAGUUAUCAGCAAUCUAUGUUCAACAUUAGUAGAUAAAAAAAUGUGAAAAAUAUUAUUUUUGAAUA